CACAACCUGUUUGUUGAUCGCUCUAUAUGAGCUUAUUAACACCCCGAGUUUAUUAUAAGCCGGGUUGAGUCCUCAGGGGACUUUAAGUUACCGUCGCCAAGAAGAGAUAGCUAGCUUUCUGACAGUAGGCACAACAACAUAACGACUAUGUAGUAAGCUUGUAUUGGCGACGGAAUUAAAGUGAGAAGAGGCUUUUCAAAUGUAGCUUGUUAGCUAACGUUAGCUGCGUCGCGUACAGUGUAUGUACACACUGCCUUUUUGUUCUGCUCUUGAACAGCCUCUGCAUGACAAAUUAUCACAAGUGGUAAGUACAGAUACGGCGCAAAACAACGGUUGUUUUGUUGAAAAACGUGUCUAGAAUAUUGCCUGGUUGUCAAUCCUCUACCCCCGGGGCUAACCCCCGGUCGCCGACCGAAUUAAUGGCCGGAAAUCCGAGGAAGGGCGCCGGUCUCAUCGGCUUGAUGAAGGACGCCUUUCAACCCCACCAGCAGCCUCUCCAGCCUCACCAACCUGCAGUGGUCGAUAAGAAAAUGGUGGAGAAAUGCUGGAAACUCAUGGAUAAGGUGGUGCGUUUGUGUCAGAACCCCAAGGUGGCUUUGAAGAACAGUCCCCCCUACAUCCUGGACCUGCUGCCAGAUACCUACCAGCACCUACGCACCGUUUUGUCCCGAUACGAGGGCAAAAUGGAGAUCCUUGGGGAGAACGAGUAUUUUCGCGUGGUCAUGGAGAACUUGACCAACAAGACUAAGCAGACCAUGAGCCUUUUUAAGGAGGCCAAGGAGAGGAUGUAUGAGGAGAACUCCCAGCCCAGGCGGAACCUUACCAAGCUGUCUCUGAUCUUCAGUCACAUGCUAGCAGAGCUAAAAGCCAUCUUCCCCAAUGGCUUAUUUCAGGGAGACAACUUCAGGAUCACCAAAGCAGAUGCUGCUGAAUUUUGGAGGAGGUCAUUUGGGGACAAGACCAUAGUGCCAUGGAGGACAUUUCGUCAGGCUCUCCACGAGUUCCACCCCAUCAGCUCAGGCUUGGAGGCCAUGGCUCUCAAAUCCACCAUCGACCUCACCUGCAACGACUACAUCUCUGUCUUUGAGUUUGACAUCUUCACCAGGCUCUUCCAGCCAUGGUCGUCUCUUUUAAGGAACUGGAACAGUCUGGCAGUCACACACCCUGGUUACAUGGCCUUCCUAACCUACGACGAGGUCAAGGCUCGACUGCACAGGUUCAUCCACAAACCUGGCAGCUACAUCUUCAGGCUGAGCUGCACUCGGCUGGGCCAGUGGGCAAUCGGCUACGUGACAGCCGAUGGGAACAUCCUGCAGACCAUCCCCCAUAACAAACCACUCUUCCAAGCCCUCAUUGAUGGAUACAGAGAGGGAUUCUAUCUGUUCCCAGAUGGUCGUACACAGAACCCAGACCUAACAGGGCUGUGUGAACCUUCUCCACAGGACCACAUCAAAGUUACUCAGGAGCAGUACGAGCUGUACUGUGAGAUGGGCUCCACUUUCCAGCUCUGUAAGAUAUGUGCAGAGAACGACAAGGAUGUGAAGAUCGAGCCCUGCAGACACCUGAUGUGCACCUCCUGUCUGACUGCCUGGCAGGAGUCGGAGGGUCAAGGCUGCCCCUUUUGCCGCUGUGAAAUUAAAGGCACGGAGCCCAUCGUGGUGGACCCCUUCCACCCGAAGGCCAGCGGGGCUUCCUUUGCCGGUUUCCAGGGGUCCAGCAGAGCAGAAGCUGCCGCCAAUGACGAGGAAGACGACGAUCGCUUGGAGGACCACCUUCUCAUGAGCAGGCUGGCCUGCACUAAGGUAGAGCGCCCACCAUCUCCAAUGUCUCAGCUGCCUCCGGUGCCCCCGCGACUGGACCUCCUGCAGCAGAGACCCUCCAGCUCCCACAGCGUUCAGGCUCAGGGAGCCACAGCCAAGAUUGCAGCCACUCACAGAGACAAGCCACUACCUCCGCCUCCAGCCCUGAGAGAGCUGCCCCCUCCUCCCCCUCCAGAGCGCCCCUCCCUGGUCGGCCAGGACUCCAGAUUCCAGAGGAGACCCCUGCCCUCCACCCCAGACCAGCCCGCCUGGGCUUCCAACUACAUGGUCCCACGUCCGGCGACCAAGGCCCUGUCGGCCUUGUCCUCCAGCCCUCAGAGCAAUGGGACAAGUGGAGAGGGAAGCAAACCACAAGCAGCUACUAAUGCUAUCUACUGCCUCACUGCAAGAUCUCUGCAAGCGUCAGUGGCGUCGAGCGGGGAGAAGCCGUCAUCUGACUGUGAGGAGAAUGAGUACAUGAGUCCCACCUCUCUCCCAGCCUCCGGUGCCCCCUGGGUCGUAACAGGCUCCUUGGUGCCCCCGCCUCCGGCCCAGGCAAACCACCACAAUGACAUCAGCAGUGAGGCGGAUGACAUUGACUCUGAGGACCCCCAAGUCUACGAGUCCAUGUGUAUUAUCCAGGCCCAGGCUGGGUGCUCUGAGAUGGCACAGGCCUCCGACCUGGACCACCUUCAACAUUCAGCUGCUGUGGUCCCCCUGGACAUGAAGGAGGAGACCAAUGAGGAGGAUAUUUAUGAGUAUGACUGUCCCAGACCGGUUGUCCAUCCCGCCCCCACCAGAAGAACCCUGUCAGAGACCAACGGCCCCUCGGUGGCCUUUAGCACUCUCAGCAUUGACAGUGAAGUAAACGCCAGUAUGUUUGCAGCAGCUGUCGACCCUGAACGCCCCCCCAAACCUCUCCCACGGCGAGCCAACUCGGACCGGCGGCCUCGGCCAGUGAACCGGGAAUUUUCCGCAGCAUUGCCAGACCUCCCUGGUCCCUCCUCCUCCCCUCCACCUCCUCCUCCGCCCGCAGUCCCUGGAAGCCAAGCCCUAAACGGGGAGAUUGAAUGCCUGAUGUCCCAGGGCUACUCUAUCCAGGACAUCCAGAAAGCCCUGAUGAUCGCCCAGAACAAUUUGGAGACGGCCAAGAACAUCCUGCGAGAGUUUGUCUCCAUCCCCUCCACGGCACACAUCGCCACAUAGUCACUCCAGGCACGCCCCUCCCCCCCCCUCCCUCUGUCUCGUCUCUGUCUCCAACGUGUGCCAUCAUCUUGGAUAGCAUUUACCAAGCACCUUUCCUGCAGGGGCACGCGGACCUGCCAAAAAGGCUUUACUCUGAGGAGUAAUGCUGCGUUCACGUCAUAUCACAAGAUGCAGACGAGCGUUCUAGUUUGAAACGCUCCCAUCCAAAGUCAUUAGUAACAAACGAUGAACUCACUGCAACAGGUAUUACUGUGGAGUUUUAGUGUGGAAAUAUAUUCUUUUGAUUCUCUCGGACUACUGUUAUACCAAUGCAAAGUGUUUGAUAUUGAAGCCUCAAAAUCUCUCGUUUACUCGUAAUCGCCACUUGGAAGAUUGAGGUUUUUUUUUUUUUGUGGGCUCCCUACAACGGAAGUAUCCGUCGGUCGGUUUAAAGGAGCAGCUCGCUCGAGGCAGACGAGUCCGAUAUGAUCUGAACGCAGCAUACGUGGAGGAUGGAAGCCUUUAAUGUGAGCUCUCUGUAGCCAAGCUUUGACCCUGUUGUACUAUGCUGAGGUCCACUCGUUUCCCCCCAGCCUGAGUCCUUUCUCUCAUUAAGCUAAGUGUUGAAGCUACAGCGAUCAGUAGCGGGACCCGGCUGUGGAUCGUUGUUUUGUGUCCCACCGCCGGCAGUCGUUCAGUUUGGUGCUUUUUACGGGCUUCUUGGCAAAUUUGUGGCGUACGAAAAUAUGUAGCGACGCGAGUCAGUUCGGUCGGGAACCAUUAGUGACCAACUCUGUGGUGUGUUUGCUCGUGCUGAUGAAUGUGAAUGUUGAGUCGCAGUGCAGUAUCGCAGGGCUUCGUGUCGUACGCGUUGGCGUCACUGUGGCUCGCUCGGGGUUUUUUUCUUUUUUUUUUCUCAGUGGUAUUUGACAAGUUGAACCUAUGAGUCCGUAUUUCCUCUCAGCUCCCCGGUUCAGUGCAGUUUCUAUAACAAGUUUUAACGUCUAAGUACUCUCAUAACUUGUUGUGCUGUGUGUAGUACUAACAAUGGCUGGAUUUUCUGAAGUUUAUUUUGUCGUUUUUAAUUCCACGAUUGCCUGCCACCAUCCCGGGUGGUCUGACACCGAAGGCUGGUGUAUCUACUCUAAAGCUUCUGUAUACUCUCCUAGUUUCUUACUAAUAAGCAAAAGGACUUUAACAUGUGCUGUUUAGAUUUCCUCUCACGCGUUAGUGUGAUUUGGCUCGGCAUCACAUUUGUACCCAAAACAGCCGAGGAAUCAUCAGAUUGAAGGGAUUUACAUUGAGCUCUGAAGCAAAAAAGCAGACGGUGGUCACGUGGACUCAGGUACUCCGUAACACGCCAGGGUUGAAUGUAAGGAACCAACAGAUGACAAGGACACAUGAUAUAAUGUUGGCAGGGUUGUGGACGGGCGCUAAUGACUAGGGUUGGGUACCGGUUCCACUAUGGAACCGGUUCCUACGCAACCGGUAGGAAUCGGA